AUGAACUACCAAGUCCUGAUCACCGAUGAACAGAAUGCAAAAGUUGCCGGAAAAAGGCGAGCUGUGUACCUCCGACCUUUCCUAUUAUUCUGGCUUAAUUCUCUCUUCGCCGAAGUCAUCUUCCUCGCCGUCGGCGUCUUCAUCAUGACCGGAACUCGCGACCUGGUUUACAAAGUGCUAUGGACAUUGGUCUUCUGUCCAUUAGGCAUGGGCGGAGCAAUGGGAGGCCUGAUAAACUGCUUCAUUGUCGACCAUUAUUACGGAAAGAAAGCAGCUCAUUUCACCGGGAUUCUUGCAUUGCUCGUUCUGAGCAGCUGCAACUAUCUAUGCUACAACCUGGACAAACAUUUUGGGUGGUUUGGGGCUUCGGAACAUCCGUGGUGGUUUCAUUGGCGGUAUCCUAUGAUAUGGGCGGUUGGCUACUCCAAUGGGCUACUUUUGUUCACGGAUAAGGGCCAGGAGAUGCUUGCUGGAAUGGGUCUCUAA